UAUUAAUUACACUGAAACGCAGAUCGACAUAAAUCAUAGCCUCCUUCAAAAAUGAUGAAGUACUCCAAGUUUGUUCCUAAGUAUGCCCUUGUAACUGUGGCCCUAUUGGCUUUCGCUUGUUCCCUCGCCUCUGCCUAUGACCCCAGUCCCCUGCAGGACUUUUGUGUUGCUAUCAACAAUCCUGCUUCUGCUGUAUUUGUGAAUGGGAAGUUUUGCAAGGAUCCAAAACUUGUUACCGCUAAUGAUUUCUUCCGCUCGGGUUUGAACAUUCCUGGAAACACCUCAAAUAAAGUAGGGUCGAAUGUCACUGCUGUCACAGUGGAACAAUUACCAGGCCUCAACACUCUUGGCAUAUCCUUGGCUCGCAUCGACUUUGCACCAUAUGGCUUAAAUCCUCCCCACACCCACCCUCGCAGCACUGAGUUUCUAGUAGUUAUAGAGGGUACUCUGCAUGUUGGCUUUGUCACAUCCAAUAGUGCAAACGGUAACCACCUCUUUACCAAAGUUCUAAACAAGGGAGAUGUCUUUGUGUUCCCAAUUGGUCUCGUCCACUUCCAAUUGAAUGUGGGAAAUACCAAGGCUGUUGCCUUUGCUGGUCUCAGUAGCCAGAAUCCUGGGGUCAUCACCAUAGCCAACGCAGUCUUUAAGUCCAAUCCUCCGAUCAAUGCUGAUGUUCUCACCAAGGCCUUCCAAGUAGACAAGAAUGUGGUUAACUAUAUUCAGAAGCAAUUAUAAUUGCCUAAACUAAAACACCAUAGAUUUCAAGAUAUAAUAUAUACUUGUAAUAUUACCAGCAAUAAACCAUUAGAUGGUGUACUGAUUAAUUAUUUAUUAAGUGAUUUGUCAUGUUUCCCUAGCUUGUAAGGUGAUUGAAAUUAUUUUAUUGAAAUAAAAUGGUUGUUUAUUUAUAA